AUGGCGCCUCCAAACACGCCCUUCAUCUAUCGCCUCUGGCAUCUCUACCUCGAACCCUUCUUCGCCCUCGGCGGCGUAUACCAUCUCCACUGGGCACCGGCGCAAUACUUCGCCUUCAUGCCGGCAACGUCGGCCUACCACCCCGAUUCACAAAUCGCCUACGACCAGCUCGCUUCAGCAUACCUAUUCUUUGCAUUCACAGAGGGUGUUCUGAUGCGGGUUGUGGACGACAGGAGGACGUGGUGGUGGAUAGUGUUGGGGCUGGUGCUGUGUGACUUGGGGCAUUGCUAUGCGGCUUGGUGUGAGAUGGGGACGAGCGGGAUACUAGACUUUGGGGGCUGGAGCGACAAGGAUGUAGUUACCAACACGUUGAAUGUGCUGCCGGUAUUGGUAAGGACGGGGUAUCUGUUGGGAAUUGGGGUAUCUGGGGACAAGGGUGUGAGUGAGAAAAGGAAGAAGAGGGUCUGA